AUGUCAAAGCUAUUUGAGCUGAUGGGUUCUGAAUCGCCCCGGUCUAUAGAUGAAAUUAUGGCUAAAAAUGGCAUUCAGCCCACAUGUCGCUGUGACAAGUGUUAUGAGAUGGUAACACUUUUAGACGAGGAAAUAAAACGGUACUGGGAAAAAUCGAUUACGCUCUGGUUCCGCCAUCAUGACUGUCACUGUGUCAAUAAAUUCAAAUUGCUCGAGAUUAUCAAAAAAAAUCCCGGAAAAUUUGAUAAUAACGUCACUGAGCUGGGAGAGGAUUUUUGUCCUUAUUCUUCUCAUAUUUAUACAAGUCUUGUCGAGUUUCAAAGUUUGAACAACUAUCUCGAUUACUUGGACAACAAAACUAAAGAUAAUGAAUUAGCAAAGUCAUUUUUAAUUGCUGAGUUUAAACCAGAAGAUCAACAUAUGGCUUCUCAAUCGGGUCGUUCUCUUAAGGAUUUAAUGGCUAGACGUGGCAUUAGGCCGGACUGUCCCUGCGAUAAAUGUAAUGUCAUGAGGAAACUUUUAGAUGAGAACAUGGAACGAUUUACCAGAAAAUCUUGGGAGUACAAUCGUCGCCACAAAUACGCUAAUAAAAUCAGCAGAGCUGAUAUAAAUGAGCGAUUACAACUUGAUCUAGGAAAAUUUAAUAAUAAAAUUUCUGGGCCAGGAGAUAAUCCUUGUUAUAAUAAUGCUCAUAUUUAUUACCUUUUCAUUCAAUAUGAGACUUACAACAAUUAUAUCGACUAUUUGGAAGAGAAUGCUAAAGACGAUGGAAUAGCUGGUCCAUCCUCAAUUACCGAGUCACAACAAGAAGAUCUUCUGUUUGAACCGCACAUUUCUUGUAAGGACUUAUUAUCAAAACUAGAAGAUAUUCUGAUGGUUUUUCAACCGCUCCGUUCUUCUAAGGAAUUAUCAAAACCAAAAGAUCAACAGAUGGCUUCUCAACCGAGCCGUUCUUUCAAGAAAUUAAUGGCUAGACAUGGUAUUAAGCCUACAUGUUACUGUAAUAAGUGUAAUGAAAUGAACAAACUUUUAAAGAAAAACAUCGAACAAUUUAAAAAAAAAUCUUGCGUGUACAAUGCUCGCCACAAAUUUUCUGAAAGAAUCUGCAUAUCUAGUGUGAUGAAGCGAUUGAAACUGGAUUUGGGAAAGUUUGCCAAUAAGAUCUCUGGGCCAGGAGAUGAUCCUUGUUAUAAUACUCCUCAUAUUUAUUAUAGUCUCGUUGAAUAUGAGACUUACAACAAUUAUAUUGACUAUUUGGAAAAGAAUGCUGAAGAUGAUGAAAUAGCUGGUCCAUCAUUAAUUGCCGAGUCAAAGCCAUUUCAACUAGUGGGUUCCGAAUCGCACUGGUAUGUAGAUGAAAUCAUGGCUAAGAAUGGCAUUCAGCCUACCUGUAGAUGUGAUAAGUGUUAUGUCAUGGUAAAACUUUUAGACGAGGAAGCACAGCGUUAUUUAGAAAAAUCUAUUACUUUCUGGUUCCGCCAUCAUAACUAUCACUGUGUUGAUAAAUUAAAAAUGUUGGAGCUUAUAAAAACAAAUCCCGGAAAAUUUGACAAUAACGUCACUGAGCUGCGAGAGGAUUUUUGUGUGAAUUCUCGUCAUAUUUAUAAGAGUCUUGUCGAAUUUGAAAGUUUGAACAACCAUCUCGAUCACUUGGACAACAACCUUCAAGAAAAUGGACUAGUAAAUCCAUUUUUAAUUGCGGAGUCAAAAUCAGAUCACCAAAUGGUUUGUCAACCGUGCCCAUCACUCAACAAAUGUGUGGUUGAGGAAGAUAUAAACUGUAACGUUUGGUCUGUCUAG